AUGGACACCGUUCUCUAUUCUGCAUUCGAUGUUGGUACCGCACCCAAUAAGACACGAAACCUCAUUGAAGUCUGCAUCACAUGCACCUCUCGAGCUUCGACUGAGCAGGCACAUGUGACUCCUGACAAGAUCAAUGAACAUCUCGAUCAAUGCUUGCAUCUCUUGUCCAUCUUCCAAGAACUCAGUUCUUUCAAGAACCAUCACACACCGACAUCUGAAUCACACACAGUACUUGGCCUGCGCACUCGCAGUCCCGCAUACACGAUGCAGAUCCGGACACUCAUCUUCAGUAUUCUGGUAUAUUCAGCCGGCUUCGCAAACGCACUGCUCCGCAUCGGCGAUGUCUUCGACAUUCAGCCUGGUUACAUCGUCAACGGAGGCUGCAAUGCUUACUACUACCCGAAUGACCCAAAUACACAUUUGAACAAGUGGUGGUGGCAAAUCCUGUCUAUGCAUGCGCAAGCCGUAGUUGCACUGGACACGCCAAGCUACGAAGGUAGCAGCAGGACGCGGAAGCUGCUUCUCGCCCUUCUAGGCAUCGCACCCCGUGUUGACAGUCAAGGAUGGGACCGAGUUCCAUAUUCGAACUCAAUCGACGGCUUCCGAUUGCGGGAAGUUCGAAAAAACAUGCGGAUCUUUUGGGACUUUGUGAAUACUCCAGGCAAUGCUAACUACAAAGCCAAGCUGUUCUGUGGAGGAGGCUAUUGGUACCAGCAAUUCGAAGAUUCGCCGCUUCUUGAUGCUAUGGGAAACAAAGUACUCAGAGACUCACAUGAUCCAUCCCGAGGCUUUGUAACACUGGGAGAGCAUGAGAGAAUGCAUGGCCGAGGGCAGAACUUCGGUACGUUUCAAGUAUGGAGCGUUUGUGAAAGGGUACUGACUACGGCAGAUCGCUACUGGUAUUUUCACUCCACUGUUCACACCGAGUACCCAACGCCCGAGGGCGGGACAAAAGACAGCAAGUAUUGGCUUGAGGAUCGUGAUGCCUCGCCGGAAACUCGCAACGCCAGGUCGCCUUGGCCCGUCGAUGAAGGGACAGGUAGUACGCACCCUUGUAUGAAGAAAACCCUCGUGGCACGCGUGUUUGAUGAUAGUUUUGCGAAUCCAGGUUUGGUCUAUCCGGCCAGGAGCCAUGGUCAUAUCAUACUCUGCGGAGGUAAUCCUCAACUGAUCCCCAAUAGCGUGGAUGAACUCGAUCUCCGCCCCCAGCACGUUGGAAAGCGACUCCAGCAGAUGAGGCCCAAUUGCUUGAUUCCUUACCACGAGAUUGUUCACCUCGCGCUAGGCGGGCAGAACUCACCAGACGCAGAGCGUCGAAGGCCGAUUAUCGAUCAAAAUGGCUUCGUACAUCCACAGUGGCCAUGGAAUGUCAGAGCCUGGUACGCUACCGGUAAAAAUGGCAUUGGAGCGAAUGACAUGCUGAAUGUUGCAUUAUUCGACCGCGCGACCGAUGAUCACGGAAGCCCCGGGGCUAAAGGUUCGAACAGAUUUCCUUGGCUCUCUUGGGAUGAUCUGGAUGCCAUUAAGAAUCCAGAAAGUCUUGUCUGGUGGUCUUACGCCAAUUAUCUGCUCGUAAAGACCGGGGAUGACUGGUCUGUUGGAGUCAUUGAAGAUCCACUGGUGCAACCGCCACUUUUGGGGGGGAAGAUGUCAGUGCACGAACCUCCUGACACCGCCAGCAUCAAUGAGACUACCCUCGAAAUGGUACAGAAUCGAGUCAACGUCACUGAGAUUCUGGAGAGAUGGAAAUUGGAGGAGGAGCAAAAUGGCGCGGAUGCUUUGAAAUCGCAGUUGAAAGUCUUCAGGGCUUACUGCAUACACUUUCGACGGGCAUGCGAGCAUAGUUCGUCCAUGCCAAAGUACCACAAGACCGAUACAAAGGGGCCGCCUUUCAACUCUAAGAUACAAAGCAUUGUGAAAUCUGAAGCCAUGCGUCAGCAGCACCGCGAGACUAUUUUAACUUCAAAAUCUGCGCUUUCUGCGUCUCCUCAAACACCUCAACAGCCCUCGAGACCUAGCCUCCCAAGCAACACCAUACUUCUCGAAGACAUCCUCAACCUCGUCCGCACCGGACUCGCAGACCUUCGAGGCGAGAAGCAAGAGACUCCGAAGCCGAAGCAAGACACCAUGGACUACUACACCACCACACAAGACACAAACGCAAACGACGACCUCGACUUCUUUGAUUCCGCCUGGCUACCAAGCGAACAGCAAACCACCACCACCUCCUCCAUCCAAAACCCACCACCACCUCCGCCACCAGGCCUCCCCAUCCCAACCAUGCCCCCACCCGGCCUCAUGCUCCAAACAAACCUCCUCACCGCCAUCACCCACUUCCGCCGCACCUCGGAAUACUACGCCGCGCGCCAAAUCCGUGAUCUCGGCUAUUCCAUGCUGGGCCAAGAAGUUUUCGACCACGCGCUCGAUGCCGCUGGGAUGGGAACUCUUCCGCGGCGUUGGAGAAUGGUUUGUCUUGGAGGUGAGGGGGAGGUGAGGGCUGUGAAGGGGGUUGUGGAGGGGUUGUUUGGGGAGGGAAUUUUGAGAGGGGAGGAGGGGAAGUGGAGGGGCGGUGUUAAGGUUGGGGAGGGGCCGGCUGAGGUGCAGUGGCAGUGGCAGCUGUCCCAGGAGGAUUGGGAAUAUCGCUGCUGGCAUAGAACUGGGUAUGAAUGA